AGAAAGGACAGCCGUGCACCGCCGAAGGACCCCAGAGGGCCAAGAUGGCUGCGCCCGUGUCAAUCGCCGGGGAGUUUGAAAGCUGGUUAAAUGAUCGGCUAGACUCGCUAGAAGUGGACCGUGAGGUGUACGGGGCGUACAUUUUAGGGGUCUUACGAGAAGAGGAGAGCGACGAGGAGAAAGAAGAUGCGCUUCAAGGGAUUUUAUCCGCAUUUCUGGAUGAGGACAACGUGGAAGAUGUCUGCAAGCAGAUCAUCAAGCAGUGGACAGAUUGGCGCAACAGAUCAGGGAACAAACGAGAUGCUGAAGAUGCUGAGGUCCAGGCCAUCGCCAGCAUGAUAGAAAAACAAGCUCAGAUCACGAAGAAACACAUGGAGGUGUCCGAGGAGUCGAAGAAGAGGAAAGAAGCGGUCCUCGCUCAGUACGCCAAUGUGACAGACGACGAGGAUGAAGCUGAAGAAGAGGAGGCAACAAGUGCGAGUAACUUCACUGGGAAUGAAAAGUCUCUGUUCAAGAACACAAACGUGGAAGAGGUGCUAACCAGGCAAAGACAAAAGCGGGACCAGGCUCGUGACGACGCUCAGAAGAAGAAGGAAGGGGACAAGAUGCAGCGGGAGAAGGACAAACUGUCCAAACAAGACCGAAAAGACAAGGAGAAGAAGCGCACACAGAAGGGUGAACGCAAAAGAUAAAACAAAAGAAAGGACACUUUGAGCGUGGAAAGGGUUUUGUUAUGAGACAAAGAUGAAUGC